CUUAUCACACCUAUCUCACAGUCUAAUAAACAUUACCCUGCUCCCCCAACUACAUUUUAUCUUUUACGAGAAUGAAGAGACCCGAACUUGUGUUGUUCGUUGCGCGGGCCGACUGUGAAGAAGAAGGGUGGCAGGAAUUUCUAAACCAUAGCUUGUCAUACACACGUGCCGCGUACGUGAACCACUAUGGCCCUCUUUCUGAGGAACUGCCUUUCCUCGUCUUCGCCCAAUCAUCCACCAGGAAAUUCACUUCUGAUACCGUACCAAGCACCAUAACCGAACUCCUUACCCGAGGUAAGGAGACCGGGCUGCCCGUUGUCAUCGUGAUGAAUGGAUGGGAUAGCCUUACUACGAAUUCAGUUGUGAUGGUCAAUCUCUUUGGCCCAUGGAUAAGCGAUGUCGCCAUAUCUCUUCGUGUAUUCGCGGACGAACCGCGCAGAUUCUUUGAGGUUUCGGUGGUGCACGCGAUAGAGGCCUUGCGAGGGGAUCAUGAUGAUGAAGAUGAUGAGGCUCCCGAUCUUCCUUACGACACACAACUCUUCCUGGACAAAUUUCAUGCACUUCACUACAUGGGAAUCACCGGAAAUCUAAGCCCACCAAGUGCCGCGGCGUUUAGACAGUAGCUCUUCGUUUAGUCUGGGCGAUAUCGAGUACGAGACGUCAAUGGAAGACAUGCUUCAGCUUAGAGCCGGGAUGAGAUCACAACCAUAAG